AUAUUGGAAGAGAUUACUAUUAUUCAUUCAUUGGCCAGGUCUGUGGGCCAUCAAGCAAGGCAACCGACCUUUCCCUCAGAAGCACGUUUAACCACAGCUCCUCCCAUUGACAGUCUUAUUCUCCAAAUCAGUAGUAGGGACGUCCAUUCGCUUGAAGACUACAUCUCCCUCAUUCACCAAACGUUUUUGUUUCUGAGUCCAUUUCCCUUUUAUAUAUAUACCCAAUUACCUCUCUGCGCUAUCAUCCAUUCAUCCCAAAGAAAAUGGAGGGUUUCUGGUGGUGGGUUUUCUGCUUGUACUGCCUUUGCAUUCAGAACGGCAUAGCCAAUGCCCAAGCACCAAAGAUAGCACCUUCUAGUUCUGUCAACACAGCUGCUCCAUCUCCUGCCACAAUUCCUUUAUCUUCACCAUCUCCUGGACUCCCACCGGCUUCAAGCCCAAAUGUUCCACCUUCUCAAAGUCCAUCACUCCAUCACUCUCCACCUUUCUCAGCUCCUUCCAAAACACCAGCUACAUCUCCACCUCUAGCACCUGCUUUACCACCACCACCAGAACUCUUGCCGCCAUCAGAAGUACCACCUGCACCAACAAGGAAGCCACCAGCACCAGCUCCAGCUAAGCAAGCACCACAACCAGCAGGAGUGCCUUCACCAUCAAAAGAAUUGCCAGUGCCUGCACCAGCACCAAUUAAGGAGAUACUGGUGCCAAUACCAGCACCAGCUAUGGAGACACCAGUGCCAGCACCAGUUCCGGUGCCUUCACCUGCACCAGUUCCCACAAAGAAUAAGAAACACAAGCACAAGAAACAUCAUCAUGCACCAGUUCCAGCACCAGCACCAGCACCAGUGCCAAAAAUACCUAGUCUACCAGCACCACCUGUCACUUCAGACCCAGAUGAUCAAAUGGAACUGGCUCCUGCCCCGGAACCGAAUCCGAAUGGAGGGAUUGAAACUUUUCAGCACGGAGGACUACUUAGGUGGGUGAGGAUUGGAAUAGCUAUUCUUGUUCCUCUGGCAGUUAUGACCUAGAAUUUUUGUCGACCCAUAUUUGAUAAGAUUGAUUUAUUUACUAAAACGAUAUGCAUAUUUCAAUUUGCUACUACUGAAGAUGAAUGCAAGAGUGAAGAUUUAUGUUUUAAUCCCUUCGCUCAAUUUGCAGACUUUCUGCACUACAACAAUGAAACAAGGUUC